GUAAGAUUGGAGAGAGUGGAGAGACUUCUAUACGAUCACAAUUCUAAGGUAAGAAUCUUCUUCGUCUCCCCUUUCAGUCUUUUAAUACGAUCUAGGUUUUAAGAGAGGAGAGAGUAAAGGAGAUCGAUAUGGCAAACUGUAUCAAAUUGCAUGCAUGUGUCUGAAGAAAUCGUGGAGCAAAUCCUAUCAAGACUACCUCCUAAAUCCUUGAUGCGAUUCAAAUGCGUCUGUACCUUGUGGUGCAAUCUUAUCAAAAGCCCUAGUUUCGUAGCCAAACACCUCUCCAAUUCUUUGCGCGCAUCCUCAUCCUCAUCCGUUUCCAUUCUUUUCAAGCAUACUGUUGAGAAGAAAGUUGAGAACAAUGACCAUGCGGAAACUGGUGACGAUGUGGAAACUCUACUGUCAUCACUUUAUCUCUGCAAUGAGAUUGACGAUGACUUUGACGACCUUGUUGCAGAGGUUCUUAGGGUUCCGCCUCCUAUGAAUCAGAUAAUUCGUUCCUCUGAUCUUAGGAUUGCAGGUCAUUGCGAUGGUAUCACUUGUCUAAAAAUUUUCGUUGGUAACGUUGUUUUAUGCAACCCAGCAAUCAAGGAAUUCAAGCUUCUUCCUAAGUCUUGUCUUCUUCUCCCCAAUGAUAAUGAUGAGUACAAGUAUCUUGACUGUGAAUUAAGAUACUACACUGAAUUUCUAGGAUUUGGCUAUGAUCCCAAAGGUAAAGAUUACAAGGUUGUUAGAUUUGAGGUCUAUGAAGAGUCAUGUUAUUGGUUCAGAGCAGAGGUAUACACUUUGGGUUCUAAUUCUUGGAGAGAGGUCGAGACCGAAUAUACAUACAGAGAAUUUUUUGUUAUGUCUGGCUACUGUGAUGAGCAAAUGUUCUUUGAGGGAAUUUAUUAUUGGCAGGUAUAUGGGGAUGUUGGGAGAUGCAUCCUUUCAUUUGAUAUGGGUGAUGAGAUAUUUAAUGUGAUAUCGAUUCCAUGGGAAGAGAUACCAGAUGAGUACCAUGUGAGGCUCGGAGAGUGGAAAGAAGCUAUUGCUCUAAUCAGCUGUCCAACAGUACCUGUGGUUCCCCAAUCUUUCGACAUAUGGGUGAUGAAUAAUUCGGGAAAUGUGAAGGGUUCAUGGACAAAAUGCUUAACUAUAGGACCCAUGGAAGGCGUUGAAAUUCCAUUGCUAUAUGCACCAUUGGUAUUUUGGAAAAGUGAUGAGCUUCUUAUGGUUGCUGAAGAUGGACGCGUAGUCUCAUACAACCUUGAGAAGCAAACAGUCAAGUAUCUUCCUAUUCACUUCGUAGGAGAUUAUUUCCACACUCAAGCAGUUGCUUAUGUAAAUAGUAUUGUUUCCAUCAACGGAGGCAACAAACUUGAAGGCAUCGACAAUACUGAUUUUUAUGGCAUCAAUGCACUUGGAGAUGGCAGGUUGAGAGCUGUAUGAUAAUACUCAUGACGAAUUGAAGAUUGCACAAAGAGCGAAUGGUUUUUCCCCAUCAAUGACCCUAAGUACUAUUCAAACAACU